AUGACGGGCAACUUGGUAUGGAAGCUGAUCCCACUCCCUCAGAUAGAACUCUCUUUGGCAAGGGUACUACGCUGUGGCCAGACUUUCCGUUGGAAAAAUGUUAAUUCGAUUUGGAGCUUUACCGCCAACGAUCAGAUCGUUCUUUUGAAACAGGACCCUGAGCUGAUCCACUACGCCUGCGUUCUCUCUGACGGCCAGGACUCGUCGAACGCCGUUUCCAAAGCUUACGAGAAGACUCACGCAUUUAUUCACGACUAUUUCAACUUGGACGUCAAACUUGAGGAGCUUUACCAGCAAUGGAGCGAGGUAGAGCUCAAAUACAGAGCCAAGAGCAAGGCAGAAUCAUUUGCGACGUUUCCAGGAAUAAGAAUGCUCAGACAAGAUCCAUGGGAGACAGUGAUACUGUUUAUUUGCUCGUCCAACAAUAACGUUAAGAGGAUCUCAAAAAUGUGCGAUGCCUUGUGCCAGGAGUUCGGUACCUACAUCAACGACUUUGAGGACCAUGCCUACUAUUCAUUCCCACUGCCAGAAGUCCUUGCAGGCCCAGAGGUAGAAGGAAAGCUCAGAGACUUGGGUUUUGGUUACAGGGCGAAAUACAUCAACCAAACUGCAAAGAUGUUUGUGGACCCUGAGGUACCAGAAAUUUCGAUGGAUAUACUUCAUGAACAAAGAUUGAAAUCAUACGAAGAUGCUCACGAGUUUCUUCUUCAGCUCUCUGGUGUUGGACCAAAGGUUGCCGAUUGCAUUUGUCUCAUGGCCUUGGACAAGCACGAUGUCGUGCCUGUUGACACACACGUUUUACAGAUCGCUACAAGGGAUUACAAAUACAAAGGUCCUAAAACUAUGAACAAGGUCUCAUAUCAUCAGGUUCGCCUUCACCUCCAGGAGCUAUUUGGCAAGUACGCAGGAUGGGCACAGCUGGUGAUGUUUGCAGCAGACCUUUCGGACUUGAACAAUGGCAUUAAUCAAAGAGACGGAGCUAAAAUUAAGCAUGAUGUUGAAUUUACUGAGGUGAAGAAGGAGUCAAGCGUGAAGACUGAACCCACCCCAUCGGUAGUGAGUAAAUCCGUUAAGCUAGAGGUCAACGGGAAAAGGUCGAGCAUCACCAGUAAGGCGACGGUGAAAAGGAUUAAGACAGAGGCAUGA